AAAACAAAAUUAAACGUAAACUAUCCACCACCCACCCCAAUUCUUAUAAAUAUCCUUAAAAAUCCCCUUUUGGACCUCUAUCUCUCCCUUUCGUUCUUCUUACUGUUACAGAUCAAACACACAGCACAGCCAUGUCAGCUGUUGCCAUUAAGCCUCUUCUCCAGUAUUCCAGAAGAGAACGUCGUUUAGCCAGUUGCAGAACGAAGAUCCUCAAACAUUCCUCCUUGAAUUUCUAUUCAAAGCUUCGGUUUCUCUCUAAUGGUCACUGCAACUGCAACUUCAAGCCUUCUCGCUCCCUCACAAUCCGAGCUACCUCCAUCGACACGGCUCUUGUUGAGACUUUUAAAUCCUCCGAUGUCUUCUUCAAAGAGACUUUUCCUCUCAAGCGAACUGAAAUGGUCGAGGGAAAUAUAUUCGUAAGAUUAGAAAAGGAGAAUGAUCGGCAAUGUUGGCAGCUUAGCGUAGGGUGUACCCUUCCAGGAAAAUGGAUUCUUCAUUGGGGAGUUUCUUUUGUGGACGAUGUUGGCAGUGAAUGGGAUCAACCUCCUAAGAAUAUGAGACCUCCAGGUUCCAUUUCUGUAAAGGACUAUGCAAUAGAGACACCAUUAAAGAAAUCAGCGGAGGGAGACACAUUUCAUGAAGUGAAGAUUAAUUUAGAUCCUAAAAGUUCAAUCGCAUGCAUCAAUUUUGUAUUGAAGGAUGAAGAAACUGGAGCUUGGCAUCAGCACAGAGGGAGAGAUUUUAAGGUGCCUCUUGUCAACUAUCUUCUCAAUGAUGGCAAUGUAGUUGGACCAAAGAGAGGCUUCAGUCUAUGGCCAGGGGAUUUCCUUUCUAACAUGCUUCUCAAAGCAGAAGCAUCGCCUUCUAAAGAUCAAGAUAGCAUUAGUGAAUCAAAAGAUGCUAAACGAGAAAGUAACCAGCUAGAAGAGUUCUAUGAAGAGCAGCCUAUUUCUAAAAAAAUUUCUAUUCAAAACUCGGUCACUGUUUCAGUUAGGAAGUGCCCCAAGACAGAUAAGAAUCUUCUUUAUUUGGAAACUGAUCUACCUGGAGAAGUUCUUGUUCACUGGGGAGUUUGCAGAACUGAUGAUAAAAAUUGGGAAAUUCCAGCUGGGCCGCUUCCACCAGAAACAACUGUGUUCAAGAACAAGGCUUUGCGGACUCUGUUACAGCCAAAAGAUGGUGGAAAUGGAUCUUCAGGAUUAUUUACUUUAGACGAAGCAUUUAUUGGCUUUCUUUUUGUUCUCAAGCUAAAUGACGAUACUUGGUUGAAAUUUAAAGGAGAUGACUUCUACAUCCCCUUUUCAAGUUCAAGCAGCUUGCCUGCUCAACCUGGACAGGGACAAUCUGAAGGUUCACUAGCACCCGGAAAAUCUAUUGAAGCAAAUGAAGAAGCUCCUCGUACUGUGUAUACUGAGGGGAUAAUUAAUGAAAUAAGGAACUUAGUAAAUGGCAUUUCCUCAGAGAAGAGUCGGAAGACAAAAACAAAAGAAGCACAGGAAAGCAUUCUUCAAGAAAUUGAGAAAUUGGCUGCUGAAGCUUACAGUAUUUUCAGAAGCUCUGUUCCUACUUUCACUGAGGAAGCUGUUUCAGAAUCUAAGGCACCGAUGGCCCCUGCUAAAAUUUGCUCUGGAACGGGCACAGGGUAUGAAAUCUUGCUCCAAGGCUUUAACUGGGAAUCUCAUAAAUCUGGAAGAUGGUACUUGGAACUCAAAGAAAAAGCUGCAGAAAUAGCUUCACUCGGAUUCACUGUAAUUUGGUUGCCCCCACCAACAGAAUCUGUGUCACCUGAAGGAUACAUGCCAAAGGAUUUGUACAAUUUAAAUUCUAGAUAUGGAACUAUUGACGAGCUUAAGCAUCUUGUGAAGAGUCUCCAUGAAGUGGGUCUUAAAGUUCUUGGAGAUGCUGUCUUGAAUCAUCGCUGUGCGCACUAUCAAAACAAAAAGGGCGUGUGGAAUAUUUUUGGGGGUCGUUUAAAUUGGGAUGAUCAAGCCAUUGUUGCAGAUGAUCCACAUUUCCAGGGUAGGGGCAACAAGAGUAGUGGAGAUAAUUUUCAUGCUGCCCCUAACAUUGAUCAUUCACAAGAUUUUGUGAGAAAGGAUCUCAAAGAAUGGUUAUGCUGGCUAAGAGACGAAAUUGGAUAUGAUGGAUGGAGGCUUGAUUUUGUUAGAGGAUUUUGGGGUGGUUAUGUCAAGGACUACAUGGAUGCGACUGAGCCUUAUUUUGCUGUUGGUGAGUACUGGGAUUCUCUCAGCUACACAUAUAAUGAAAUGGAUCACAAUCAAGAUGCACAUCGGCAGAGAAUUGUUGACUGGAUCAAUGCUACCAAUGGAACUGCUGGUGCAUUUGAUGUCACCACAAAAGGGAUUCUUCAUUCAGCAUUGGAGCGGUGUGAGUAUUGGCGGCUAUCAGAUCAGAAGGGAAAACCUCCCGGAGUUAUGGGAUGGUGGCCAUCUCGUGCUGUUACCUUCAUAGAGAAUCAUGAUACCGGUUCUACUCAGGGUCACUGGAGAUUUCCUAGUGGGAAGGAAAUGCAAGGAUAUGCUUACAUCUUGACUCAUCCCGGAACACCAGCUGUAUUCUAUGAUCACAUCUUCUCUCAUUAUCGAUCUGAAAUUGCGUCUCUUAUCUCCCUCAGAAAUCGGAAAAAAAUCCACUGCCGUAGUACAGUUAAAAUUACAAAGGCGGCAACGGAUGUUUAUGCAGCAACGAUUGAUGAGAAAGUGGCGGUAAAGAUUGGACCAGGUCAUUAUGAGCCGCCAAGUGGGCCUCAAAACUGGUCUUUGGCAAUUGAGGGAAGGGAUUACAAGGUCUGGGAAUCUUCUUAAUAUCGAUACAUUACGUUGUAGAAGUAUGUAAAGUUAAAAGUUUAUGCUGUUGAGGAAGUUAAAGGACGUUGGAACAGGAUAGUCUAUUUGUUGGAAAUGGUGUGGCCUUGACCCCCCUCCUAUUGAAGUUGAUAUUUUAUUGUCAACGGAGGAUAGGGCAGCACCAUUAUUAUGAGGUAUAUAUAUUCAUUUGCUGUAACAUUGGCAAAAGUAAAGAUGGCAGGGACAGUACAAAUUGUACCUUCAUAUUCAUCCUGCAAAAUUUUAUGAUAAAUCAGUCAUAGAAAAGAUGCUUGUUGGAUUGACGUGUUUAAAUAAAUAAUGAAAGUAAUACUUUUUUUUUUUCCUAAA